UUCUUUGUGUUACGCUUUUUCUUCUUCUGACUGCAUGAAUAUCACUAUCAUUCACUUUCAUUGUUUUCUUAUUUUAUAAUUUUACUAUCCACUCAAUUGAAUUUUACAACUUUUUCUUGUUUUGUAUUUUUCAUCAUUUCUCUACUUAGCUUCAUCAAUUUUUGUUUUUGAUAUCGAUCGCUUCAAGUUUCUGUUGUGAUGUUGAUACCCUUUUGACAAUUAGAGACUCCACAUGCUUAUAGAAUUUAGCUGUUGAAGUUUUUCAAACCAUGGCUCUCUCUGGUGAUCAUAAGAAUAGAGGAGAGUUGAGGAUUUAUGACAGUGAGGAUGAGGUGAAGACGGUUUUGGCUGAGUACAUUGCGGAUGUGUCGGACGCAGCUGUGCAGGAGCAUGGAUUUUUUGCCCUAGCUAUAUCUGGUGGUUCUCUCAUUGACUUAAUGGGAAAACUCUUGCAACCUCCAUAUAAUAAGACAGUGGAUUGGACCAAGUGGUAUAUCUUCUGGGCCGACGAGUGUGUUGUGUCGAAAAGUCAUGAGGAUAGCUGUUUUAAGCAUGCUAAAGAUGUCUUUUUGUCUAAGGUGCCUAUAGUCCCAAGUCACGCGGUUUCUAUUAAUGAUUCUGUGUCAGCUGAAGAAGCUGCUGAUGAUUAUGAGUUUGUCAUCCGGCAGUUAGUGAGAACCCGUGUUAUCAACGUGUCUGAGAUCAGUGACUGCCCAAAAUUCGAUCUCAUUCUGCUUGAAUUGGGUACUGAUGGGCAUGUUGCAUCUUUAUUUCCAAAUCACCCAGCACUCGAUGAAAGAGAAGAAUGGGUUACUUUCAUUACCGACUCCCCUAUACCCCCACCUGAGAGAAUCACAUUCACUUUGCCUGUUAUCAAUUCUGCUUCAAACGUAGCAGUGGUCGCAGCAGGUGAAAGUAAAGCAGAUGCUGUACUGUUGGCAGUAGAUGAGAAUGGAUCUGAUUGCCUGUCAAUACCAGCAAAAAUGGUCCAACCAGCUAACGGGAAGUUGGUGUGGUUUUUGGAUAAGUUGGCUGCCACAAAAGUCGAACACUCCAACUUGAACAAUUGGUAUAUCAAGUCCCUAGCAGAAGUGUAAGUUUGUUUGUAUGUAGUGCGAAGGGAUUUGACACAUGGUGUUCAUGCUUACUUUGUUUUGGAGAGAAAGUCUGUUUUUUUCUCUCUACUAGGAGGUUGUUUGGAGAAGUAUGGUAUAAAUUUUGUAAGCGGCCAAUAAAAGUUGAGAGCAUUAUUCCAAUUUCCUUUCUAAA